GUGUAAAACUAUAGAUACCGAGGGAAGAAUAACAUUUAUAGUUUUCAUGAGUGUGACCGUUAAUCACGAGGAAUAAGAAAGCUGAAAAGUUUCUCAACGGUUAGCACACAACUAUAAACCUUGAAAUGACAAUGUGACACGUACGUCACUUGUUAACAACUACCGACUCUUCCGAACACCAAAAACAUUCUUCCAAUUUCAUUUUCUUUUCUUUCUUCCGACCAAUACCUUAUUCUACUCAACUAUGGAGGCACUACUUCCUAGUGUAUUGUGGGAUAAGUGGGUCGAAGAAGCACUGAAAUCCCUUGAUUCUCUUAAAGUACUUCGAUCUCUUAGACCCAUUUCUCUCCGCAACAAAAAAUUGCACUCAUUUGGGAUAGAUGAUGAUGAUGCGUUCGAGGUGUUUGAUAAAAUGCAGCAAUGGGAUCGUUCAUCUGUUGAAGUUGAAAUUGGUGAAACUACUUUUCGUAAAUGGAUGCUUGACACCCCAAGUUCUGGUGAAGAGAUUGUUUAUGGUGCAGUUGUUGGUGAUGAUGAACCAGGGGUAUACCAUGAGAAGUUUAAAAAAUUAAUUUUGUUUUCUGGAAAUGAUUAUUUAGGCCUGAGUUCCCAUCCGACUAUUGGAAAGGCUGCUGCAAAGGCCGCUCAAGAACAUGGGAUGGGACCAAGGGGAUCUGCUCUUAUUUGUGGGUAUACCAAUUAUCAUAGGCAGCUAGAGUCGAGUUUGGCAGAUUUGAAAAAGAAGGAGGAUUGCCUUCUUUGUCCGACAGGGUUUGCUGCCAAUAUGGCAUUGAUGACAGCAAUUGGAAGUAUUGGUUCUCUCUUAGCUGGAAAUAACAUACCUUCUGAUGAUGAAAAGAUUGCUAUCUUUUCUGAUGCAUUAAACCAUGCAUCAAUAAUUGAUGGUAUUCGUCUUGCUGAGCGGCAAAAAGGUGUAAAAGUGUACAUAUAUAGACAUUGUGACAUGUCCCACCUCAAUACACUCUUAUCUCAUUGCAGUAUGAAGAGGAAAAUUGUUGUAACUGACAGCUUGUUUAGCAUGGAUGGGGACUUUGCACCAAUGGUUGAGCUUGCAGAACUCCGCAAGAAGCAUGGCUUUUUGUUAGUAAUCGAUGAUGCUCAUGGCACAUUUGUUUGUGGCAAAAAUGGGGGUGGUGUUGCUGAGGAGUUCAACUGUGAGAAGGAUGUGGACAUAUGCAUUGGUACACUAAGUAAAGCUGUCGGCUGCCAUGGAGGAUUUAUAGCAUGCAGCAAAAGGUGGAAGUUAUUAAUACAGUCAAGAGGUCGUUCAUUUAUAUUUUCAACGGCUACGCCGGUUCCAGUUGCUGCUGCUGCUCAUGCUGCUGUUAGAGUGGCAGUACAUGAGACAUGGCGUAGAAAAGCUGUUUGGGACCGGGUGAAAGACUUUCAUUUGCUAACAGGAAUUCCGGUUACAAGUCCCAUUAUAUCCCUAAUAGUUGGUAGUGAAGACAAAGCACUCCAAGCAAGCCGGCAUUUAUUACAAGCUGGCUUCCACGUGACUGCUAUCAGACCGCCGACUGUGCCUCCUAACUCAUGCAGGCUGCGAGUGGCCCUCAGUGCAGUCCAUACAAGAGAAGACUUGGAAAACCUAGCUGCUGCACUCUCCCAUUGCAUCAAUUUCCAAGACACCAGAAUUUAUGGCUCCAAUGGUUAUGCAAGAUUAUAGCUUUCCAUUCUAUAAUCAGAGUUAAUUGCAUCAAUGUGAUUAACUAUUCAGGAAUAAUACAAUACAUAAGUUGUAGCUUUAUUAACCGUCUAGAUUGAGGACAUUGCAUUUGUAGUGGUUUUUUUUUUUUCUUUCUCCUCCAUGUUAUUCCAUAAUGGCAAGCUGUUUUGUCAACAUUUAGAUCAAUAAUUUUGUUACAUAAAAUGAUAUUUACAUGCUUUUAAUUUUUGAUCAACUGUUAGUUACUUUAAUACUAUCUUUUAGUCAUGCAUAGGCACACUUUGUGAUUAGACUGUAAAGUAACACUAAAUAAGUGUGUAGCAACUUUUCCAUAAGCCUAA